AAAAAUAUCUAAAAAUCUAUUAAGGAAAUUGUUAAAAAAGUUUAAAUUUAAUUUAGCAAAAUGAUGCUUUUUAUGCUGUUGUUCAGCCGUCAGGGCAAAUUACGUUUACAAAAAUGGUAUAAUGCUUAUCCCGACAAGGUCAAGAAGAAGAUUACCCGUGAAUUGGUCACAACCAUUUUGGCUCGUAAACCAAAAAUGUGCUCCUUUUUGGAGUGGAAAGAUUGCAAAAUCGUUUAUAAGCGUUAUGCCAGUUUGUAUUUCUGUUGUGCUAUUGAGCAGAACGACAAUGAAUUGUUAACUUUGGAAAUUAUUCAUCGUUAUGUUGAGCUUUUGGAUAAAUAUUUUGGUAGUGUCUGUGAAUUGGAUAUAAUAUUUAAUUUUGAAAAAGCCUAUUUCAUAUUAGAUGAACUUUUAAUUGGCGGCGAGAUACAAGAAACCUCAAAAAAGAAUGUUUUAAAGGCAAUUGCCUCACAGGAUCUACUGCAAGAGGAUGAAACUCCUCAGGGUUUCUUUGAUGAUCAUGGUCUCGGCUAAGUAAAUUAUUUUUAAAAAAUUCAAUUAUUUUUUAUAAUAUUUUACUGAAACAAACAACAUACUUAAACUGUAACUGCUGUCCUUAAUUCCAACAAAUCAAAAGAUUAAUGAAAAGACAAUUAUCACGAUUUUUAUGAAAUAGAAAUUUAUAUAUUGAAAAGCGUUUUAAUUAAAAAUGUCUCCUUGUAUUUUUUAUAAGUAAAAAUACCUAGUAUUAUUAAUUAUUUUUUUUUAACAAUGGCCUUAAUUAUUUCUUUAAGUUUUUCUAAAUAAAACUUUAAAUGAUUUUAUUUUCUUUUUAACAUUAACAAUUUACUUCAAGCGAAUUUCUUUGGCACUUUUUGCACCAAAAAUACUGUUUAUCACAAUAAGAAUAAAAAAAAAUAAAUAUAAAAAUAAAUAUUUUAGUUUUAGUUGCAAA